UGCCCGUACACGCGGCCGCUCCGCGCAUGCCCGCUUCGCUCCCCUCGCGCAUGCGCCUGCCCCCUCUCCCGAAUGCCCGCCCCUCGCCGCUGCGCAUGCUCGUCCUCCUCUCAAGCCCCGCCCUUGAGCGGCUCGAGCUCCUGUCCAAGGUCCUGUGUUAGUGUUAGUGUUCUAGUGUCGAGGAGGGGAUCUCUUCUUCCAGCAUCCCCUUCCACUUCUUUCUUGCCUCCCACCGUCCCUCAAACUCCACUUCGAGGUCUCUGCGGCCUGCAGGAGCCUCAGCUCCUUCACUUCCAGAAGCCCUCCCUGGUCCUAGCUUCUUGUCUUGGAAAUCUUGGUUUCCUAUAGCGCCCUGACUAAUCUGCUAACCCUUGGAGCCUGUUUCCGCAUCUCUGAGUGAGGACGUAAGAGAAAAAGUGACGGACUCGGAAUCCACGGGCCAUGAGAUCCCGGACUUUCCCGGAGGGCAGGGACCACCUUUUACAAACUUUGCGGAUUCUCAGCACGAAAAAACAUCAAUUGAUUGCCUAGGCAAGGGCUUCUUAUGACACUUCAGCUCCAAAUGCAAAGCGCAAAUAUUUGGAUGAAGGAGAGGCAGACGAAGAAGACUUAGAGGAAUAUAAGGAUGAAGUAGAAAUGCAGCAAGAUGAAGAGAACCUGCCGUACGAGGAAGAAAUUUACAAAGACUCUAGUACUUUCCUUAAGGGGACUCAGAGCUUAAAUCCUCACAAUGAUUAUUGCCAACACUUUGUUGACACAGGACACAGACCACAGAAUUUCAUCAGAGAUGUAGGUUUAGCAGAUAGAUUUGAAGAAUAUCCUAAACUGAGGGAGCUUAUCAGACUGAAGGAUGAGCUGAUCUCAAAAUCAAACACUCCUCCCAUGUAUUUACAAGCAGAUUUAGAUGCUUUUGACAUUCGAGAACUAAAAUCCAAAUUUGAUGUAAUUCUUCUGGAACCUCCUUUGGAAGAAUAUUAUCGAGAAACUGGAAUCACUGCUAAUGAAAAAUGCUGGACUUGGGAUGAUAUUAUGAAGCUAGAAAUUGAGGAGCUUUCUGGACUGCGAUCAUUUGUCUUUUUGUGGUGUGGCUCUGGGGAGGGCCUGGACCUUGGCAGAGUGUGUUUACGUAAGUGGGGUUACAGAAGAUGUGAAGAUAUUUGCUGGAUUAAAACCAACAAAAAUAAUCCUGGGAAGACAAAGACUUUAGACCCAAAGGCUGUCUUCCAAAGGACAAAGGAGCACUGCCUGAUGGGCAUCAAAGGCACUGUUCGGCGUAGCACCGAUGGUGACUUCAUUCAUGCCAAUGUUGAUAUUGACUUAAUUAUCACAGAAGAACCUGAAAUUGGAAAUAUAGAAAAACCUGUAGAGAUUUUUCAUAUCAUUGAACAUUUUUGCCUUGGUAGAAGACGUCUUCAUCUUUUUGGAAGGGACAGUACAAUUCGACCAGGCUGGCUUACUGUGGGACCCAAUCUUACCAAUAGCAACUUCAAUGCAGAAACUUAUGCUUCCUAUUUCAGCAUUCCUAAUUCCCCUCUGACGGGAUGUACAGAAGAAAUUGAGAGAUUGCGGCCAAAGUCACCCCCUCCAAAAUCAAAAUCUGAUCGAGGAGGCGGUGCCCCAAGGGGAGGUGGCAGAGGGGGCACUUCUGCUGGCCGUGGAGAGAGAGGCCGAGAAAGAAACCGAUCUACUUUCCGAGGAGAGAGGGGUGGCUUUAGAGGGGGCCGUGGAGGAGCACACAGAGGGGGUUUCCCACCUCGCUAAUUCCAUUGGAAGCCUGACCCCUUUGGUUCCUCUCUUCCUUCUCUAUGUCUGCUGGGGGACUCACUUUAGGAACCAAAGCCAGUCAACUCCUUGCAUCUGGAAACCAUUGGCUACCUCCUGUGUACUUGUCAUUCUUGGCAAGCUUUGUCUGGUUUGUAUUGAAUAGGUGACCAUGCCAUUGGUCGUGUGCAUGUGACUGAGCAGAGAGAAAAAACCGAAGUACAUUAGCCCAGAUGAAAUUAGUCUAGUAAGUUCUAGAUCAGACAAGACCUUUUACUCUGUUUUAAUAGCUGAAGAAAACCUUUAAAGCUAAACUCUGUUACUAGUGCCCAGACAAGGAGCUAACUAAGCCUGCUUGCUGUUAGUUUUCUCAGUCACUUUACUAACAGGCGUAAGAGCUGAUUUGACAUUGAUGAAAUAGAAUGGGAGACUUGCUUCUCAUUUCUGUUUUCUCAGUGUCUUGCUGUAACAGCAAAACCACCAUUAAGAUUUUAUGUUUUAAAUUUUUUUAUUGUUUCAAAGUUAAACAGGUAGUUAGGCAGAAUUUGGCUCUUCAGCAGGUGUAAAAAGCAGAAACUUGUCAGAAGCAUGGAAAUAAUACCUCUUGUGUUUAUCAAUGACUCCUUGUCUUCCUUAAAAGCAUGAAAACUUUCAGAUCAGAUUGAUGAAAUUGGCAGAGACUUGGGCUUGGGCACUCUCAGACUUCCAGUACCUUUUAUAGGUUUUUCUAAGUAAAAGAAAUGAGGAAAACUGCAGAAAUUGACCUAAAGAUUAAUAUGGAUUAUCAGCUGUUUCCUUUACAUAUUCCUGAAAAUGUAAUGCUCAGUAGGAACAAAAGUGGCAUUUGUUUCUUAAAUUUGUUAUGAAAAAUUUAAGGAGAGAUACACAGCUUGUGGGAAGACAUCUGAUUCUACUUAUUGCAGCUGUAUGUUUUGUUUAUAUUUUUUAUGAGAAACUGAUUUGGUAAAUCAUUUAUAUGAGACUUUAUACAACCUAGUUUUCUUCUGUAAUUCAUAUUUUAAAAGAAAUUGCUGACUUUGGGGCAGUGAGAAUGAUUUCAUUGUUAAUUUUGAUAAAUACCAUUUUAUAAUAUUUUGAGUAGGGUUUUUCUUUUAAAUGAAAGGUGAUCAUUAUAAUUACAACUUAAGACACAACAUUUCAGGAGUCUGCUUUCAAGGAGUUGAAUUGAUCUAGUUUCUGGAUAAAAAUCCUGGAAGCUUGAUAGUAAAAGCCUAUUUAGAUAUUACUAACCUUUUGAGCAGGUUGAGAAAAUUCACAGAAACAUGGUUGUUGCGUACCAUAUUAUGUUAAAUCCUUUUUGUCUCAGUUAUAACUUUUUUUUUUCCCCUAACAUGGCCCCUCAGAAACAAAUCUGCUAGGAAGAAAAUUCCUUUUAAUAAAGUCACAACCUGAGUAGAAGUUAGGAAAAGCUCUGGUCUCCUUAGCUCCUUGCUGGAUUGGUGGCAGUGGAAGCAUAUAUCCUGAGAGAGAACAUGACUCAGGACAUAUAGCUGCCUUUCUGGGGGAUCAACUCCUUGCCAUGGGUGAGGGGAGAGUCAAAUCUUUUAUUCAGAAAAGAUGUUCCUACUUGACUUGGGAAUCUCCACUACACCAACAAGGGAGGCAGGUGCAUACUGAACCACUGCUGUGUGCAGCCUUUUUGGCACUGGAGAGGGAUCCGUCCAUCUCUCAGGAGCACAAUUCUUCCUUUCUCCCCAGUGUUAAUCUCUGAUGGACAUUGCUUUGAGAAGGACCUUUAACUUGCCCUCAGCCAGUAACUCCAGGACUUUUAAGAGAAACCCAUAAUGGAGGGUUUGGCUGACUGAAUCUUGUCCAUAGGCUCCAUGAAAUUCCUUAAUCAAAGAGAUGUAUGUAACUUUUGGGGGAACAUUAUCUAAUAUGAAUUUUUUCCAAUGUUUUGAAGUCUCCAAAAAUGAGUUUUGAAUGAGAAUUUGUAAGCCCCUAGGUUUUGAUGAAAUUAGUAGCUCAGUACAAAUCAAUCUCAUAAAAUAACAUACUAAAUUAAUUCUUAGCAGUAGUUGUAAAGAUAGACAUAUGGUGCAACUAAAGUGAAGUUGGAUUACAAUUCCUACACCUCUUCUAGGUUCUUUUUUGGGCUAACUUAAAUGAUAAAGGUUUACAACUUAUCUUCAAGACAAGAGGAAGAAUUGGAACUCUGACUAACACAUCAUUGACUGUGAAUUGGAAGGUCACCCAGGCCAAUCUGUCUGAACAAGGACAAAUUCUGGGAAGAUCCCUACUUUGCAAGAUAGCCUGCCCCACUUUUGAAUCCUAUAAGUUAGGAAGUUUUUUCUAUGCCUUCAGAUGCAAAUCUGCUUCCACUUCCACCCUUUGACUCUAGUCCUGUUUUUAGUGGCUAAGCAGACAAGUCAAAUGAUCACUUCAGAGGGUUGAAUUCCCUCAAGGGGAAGGGGGUCUACUCCCCACCCCUUUUUCUGUAAGGGCAUCAUCCUUUCCCUUUCCCCUGUUCAUCACCCACGUGUGUUCUUCAGCUCUUCACUCUCCCCUUUUCAAACCUUACCUUUUCCUCUCCAAUAUCUCUUGAAUCUGGCCUUUCUUCAUUACUCACUAGGCAACACCUUACUUGAGGCUUUUAUCACUACUAUCAGGACCUUGUAAUAGCUUCUUUAUUGGUCUUCUACCUUAAGUUUCUCCCUAUUUCAAUCUAUUCCACACGGUUACCAAAGUGAUUUUCCUUGGACAUAGGUGUGAUCGUGUCAUUUUCCUUCUCGAUAACUACUGGUGGUUCUCUAUUACCUUUAGGAUCAAAUGUAAACUUCUGUGUUGGGCAUUUAAAGCCCUUCAUAACCUGGCCCUGGCCUAUCUUUCCAGGAUUCUGUUCGUCUCUUAAUCACAUUCUACAGCCUCACCAAGGCUUAGAUAAAUUGUUUAUGAUCUUUAGAGUAUUUUUCAGCUAGGUCUGUACAAAAUGAUUACCCAAAAUAGGGCUUGUUCAGUGCUGUGAAGGACUGGAUUGAUUGGCCAGUUUUGGUUGCUGGAUUCCAAUUUUCAGCACAAAAUUAUUGCCAGCCACACCUGCCCAUGUGACUGAGGAUGUUUGAAAUGCUAUCUUUGGUAGUUUGAAUGGGUACUCUGCUGGGAAGUUGAUUUAGAUGCUGAAGGCUCCUUAUGGUGGGGGAGGGGUGCCAGUCAGAAGCAAUAAACCCUUGCUAGUCAAUAAAUUGCUUCAUCAAUCUUACUGCUUUGGAAGUUUUUCAUUCCACAUUUACAGACAUUUCUUCAGGUCCUUCAUUAAUUUCGUGUAAGGGCUGCCAUCUUGGGCCUUAUGCUGCUGUUGUCCCACAAUGCAUUGUGUCUAGCUGGGAUGGGGAUAGAGGGAGAGGGGUGGAAGAAAGAAAAGAGGAGAGAGGAAGGGGAGGAGAAGAGAGGACAGGAGAGAGACCAGGAAGAGAAGGGAGAAAAAGGAAGGAGAAGCUGUAGCUCCCUUUAUACCUAUUGCUUUGAGCUGCCCCUCCAUGGCCUUGUGGACCAGCUCUUCAAGUUUGGGCCUGUACUCUGUUAUCUUUCUUAAGUGGAAGGUAAUUUCUUCCCCCCCUCUCCCCCAUCCCUUCCAAGAGAAGGAAGAUCUUAACUCUGGAUCUAUUUUUGGUGCUGAGAACUGUCUGGCACCUUAUAAAUGCUUCAUAGUUGUUUUUCUUUCAGCUUCCACCGUUAUCUUCCUUUGCUCCAGUACUCUUUUGUAGAAUGUUCAAUCUUUAGAGAACAUUCUGAAGGAGGGAGAACUUGGGUACUCUGGAGGGAAGUUAGGGAUGGGGUGGAGAUUCUUGGAAUUUCUACCUCUUGGGACAUUUUUUUUUUUGAUGAGGCAGUGUGGGUUAAUUGACUUGUCCAGGGUCACACAGCUAGUAAGUGUCAAGUGUCUGAAGCUGCAUUUGAACUCAGGUCCUGACUCCCUGUGUUCUGUAUGUCACUGUAUGACAUACUGUAUGACAUAGCUGAUCCAGGACAUAAAUUUUAUGAGGAAGUUUGCCUUUAGCACCUGUUUUUUAAUAAAAGUGUUACUCUAUCUUAAAUGGAAUAUCUUGUUUUACUACCGUAGACUUUGGAUUCAAAUUUAAUCUAAAAUGUACAAAGUAGUCCUUGCAAUCAUUAGGGAAAGUUAACUGUAUCCUACUCUCCCUGCCACUAACACCUUUCACUUUAUUCCCUUAUUACCUAAGAAAUCUUAGAAAUAAGUAAAAUGGGUGAGAAGUAGCUGCAGAGUAGGCAGUAGGCCAGUAUCACCAGUUCAACCUGAACUCAGCUGCAUUUGGAGUCAGAAGAUUGGUUCAGAUCUGAUUCUGUAGAUCUUGGCCUAGUUAUUUCACCUCUCCAGACCUCACUUUCUUUAGCUUUUAUAACUUUCUCUCCCAAUGUCUUAUUCCUUUAUCAGUUCAUCCUUAUCAGGUUCUGAGCCCUCAGUCAGCAACUUCCUUUAAACUUGAUGACUAUGCCAAUGUAAUUGUGGGCUUUUCUUUUCUUUUGGAAUUCUGUUUCCCCAAGGGGUCCUAGGACACAAAGGUGAAGAAUUCUUGGACUACAAUCUCCUCCUGAAUUCUCAGGUAACUAGUUCAACUCUACACUAACCACUGUCUCCCUUUAUUCUUGAAUUCUCUGUUUUCUUGCUAAACCACAACCCUGAAUUUCUCCAGUUAUUCACCAGAACUACUCAGGAGUAGUAGAAACGCAGCAUUUCAAUAUUCUCCCCUUUCCAAUCUGUCCUCUACACAGCUGGCAAAUGAUCUUAUGUUUUUGACCAUGGCUUACUGCUGUUUUUCCAAGUCUAUAAUAACUUCCUGUUACCUCUAGGAUCAAAUGUAAAGUACUAAUUGGCAUUUUAAAGCCCUUCCAAUCUUUAUAAUCUUAUGUAUUACUCCCCUGUAGUGCCCUCUAUAUAUAGCCUAUGUGCUGUUCCUCACAUGAAGCCCCAUCCCCUAUUUCAACUUCCCCCAUUCCAGAAGAGCAGUCCUUCCUCACCCCUGUCUCACUGAAUCCCAGCUCAGCUCAAGUGCCAUCUUUUUAACAGCUUUUCCCAGCUCAGCUCAAGUACCAUCUUUUUAACAGCUUUUCCUAACCCACUCAGUAGCCACUGUUUUUCUAAGGAUAUCUUCCAUCUAUUUGGGAUGUAUCUUGUAAUUUACAUAUACAAGUCCUCAUUGCAAUAUAACUUUCUUGAAGUCAGGGUUUAUUUUUGCUUUUUGUAUGGUGCUUAGCCCAGUAGGAAGUGCUUAAUAAAUACUUGGUUGAUUAAAACAAUCAGACAAACUUUCCUUAGGGGCCCUUCCACCUCUAAGCUUGGGAGACUGCUACCAAAUCCAGAUCUCCCUGACUUUGGGUCUAUAAUUUUUAUAUUCCAGUGACUUCUGAAAAAGCACACAACAUUUGGUUAUUUCCAGUGUUGAAGGUAUUCAGUUUAGACUUGAAGGAAAUAAAAGACUCAGGUACAGAAAACACAAUUCUUUGUUUGAGGAAUCAUUGCAUUGCUUACUUAGCACCCCAGCAUUUUAAAUGCAUAUUAUUCUUUAUCAUUUGAAUUGAGGUUUUAAUUCAAGGGGCAUGGAAUAGUAAAGGAGUUUAUAACUUGAAGAGAAACUGGAGUUUUCUGAUUUUUAACCCCCUUCUCCCUCUAAGCCUUCUUUCUAUUUUUAGUAUUGGUCGAAUUUAACUCCAGUAGGAUAUAGCAAUUUGAUUCAAAGGAGCAAUAAGUGUGGUUCAGAUAUAAGACCAUUAGAUUUGAUGUCAGAGGAUUUGGAUUCAAAUCCCAGUUCGCCUUAAUAGACAUAGAACUUGGGCAGGUGACUUCACCUGCCUUUUUGAGCCUUCAUGUCUGUAUCCAUAAAAUGGGGAUAGUCCUAUUUUUACAUUUCCUACUUCAAAGGAUUGUUAUGAAAACCAAAUGAGAUGAUAACAUGUGAAAGUAUGCCAGAAAUGGAUUUGUAAUUGUGAAUUGUGAUGUUAAUCCCAAGGACCCAUCAGAUCAAAGGAUUUUAGUGAGAACAGGGAAAUAUGGGAAAGUUUUUUUUUUUUUUUUUCCAAAAAGAAAGGGCACAAACAUAUGAUGAAAAUGUUUUAAUAAAAUUCAUUUCAUUUUGGUUAUGUUUUAAACUGCUGGUAAAAAUCCCUUAGGUUUUAGUACAUAAUGAAUUGCACUUAAAAUGACAAAUGUUUUUCUUUCCUUAGUUAAAUAUGUAGAAUGAACCUAUUAAGGCUUAUUCUCUGCAGUUAGUUUGAGUUGGGAAGAGUCACCAACCACAGGGAUGGAGCUGCCUUGCAAUAGGGUGGUAGAGAGGCAGCCAUGUUCCCGUUUUUUUCAGCAAUAGCACCUGCACAACAGGAAGGCAGUGCAGGAGCCUGAGGUGUUCAAAGGGCUGUGGUCCAAAUAAAAUUAGGAGACCUUAGCAUCAAGAGGAAUUGAAGGCAACUUGAUUCUUCCACUGGUGGUUGGAUAAAAUUUUUCAGAAGAUCACAGUCCCUUCAAAACAGGAUGUAUAAAUGAAGUCCAAAUGGUUUCCCUAUGUGGAAUAAGCCCAAUUUGUGGCUGUUUCCCCUAGGGAUUAGUGGAGCUCUACCUGCAUCUACGCCAGUCAGGUUGGUAGAAUUCUUUAAUCCACAUGUGUCUGAUGAAUAUUAAUGCAGUGAAGCUACACCCUGCACCUCUGUCAAGCCAGUUAGUAGAAAAGACUGGCUCCAAGUGGGAUGGAGGGGACAAUUGGGUCCUAAAAGAGGAAAACCUUUAACUCAGAGUAACAAAUCCUAUAAUUUAAUAAGCAGUUUCGACUUUGUAAAGAAUUUUUUAAAAAAUUGGCAGAAUAAAAUAAAAUUAAAAAUUGGCAGAAUUAAAAAAAUUUUUUAGAAAGUUUAAUUGUGGACACAAUAUUCUGUAAGAAAUGACUAGCAAGUUCUGUGUUGAGUCUAUUUAACAAAUAACUUUGAGAACCUUUCCUUCCCCUUUUAUUUUUUGAAUUGUGAUUUUGGUCAAGGGAAUGCUUAGGAGCUACCCAUGCUGGUAUGUACCUUAACUAUUUAAAAGUUUUGAGAAUUGCUUGGGUAUACUGAAAGAUUAAUUGACACACCAAGAAUCACACAGUCAAUAUGUUUCAGCAGCAGGACUUGGACCCAGAUUUUUCUAAGUCAAAGACCAACUCUAUUCACUAUGUCAGACUGCUGCUCUUUUUAGUUUCUAAAGCCCAGAGUUUGACUUUUUUUAAAUUUUUUUUUUAACCUUUGAGCUUAAUGCUGCCUAUAUUUAAUGAUGAGAUUCAUAUGAAGUGAUCUAUCUCUUAUUAAUUAAGAUCCCUUUAUAUACAGGUAGAAACUUUCAGAAUUGUACAAAGAAUCAUUAAGAUUAUUGACAGUUUGGGGACAAAAUAAG